UACUUUCACAAGCAAUUCAGUUGCCGUCCGGUGCAGACCUUUGAUUCCAAGGAAUAAGGAUAAAUAUUUUUUUUCGGUUUUGUGCUGUGAUAUAAAACACAAACAAAUUCAAAAAUGGGCAAGGAUUUCGAUGCUGCUGGAUUCGUCAAGGACUUCGCUGCCGGAGGUAUCUCCGCAGCCGUCUCAAAGACUGCCGUCGCCCCCAUCGAGCGUGUGAAGCUGCUCCUGCAGGUUCAGCACAUCUCGAAACAAAUCAGCCCCGACCAGCAGUACAAGGGCAUGGUUGAUUGCUUUAUCCGCAUUCCAAAGGAACAGGGUUUCGGCUCGUACUGGCGCGGUAACUUGGCCAAUGUCAUCAGAUACUUCCCGACCCAGGCUCUUAACUUUGCCUUCAAGGAUAAGUACAAGCAGGUCUUCCUGGGAGGUGUUGACAAGAACACCCAGUUCACCCGCUACUUCUUGGGCAACUUGGCCUCCGGUGGUGCUGCUGGUGCCACUUCUUUGUGCUUUGUCUACCCCUUGGACUUUGCCCGUACUCGCUUGGCUGCUGAUACUGGCAAGGGUGGAGCUCGUGAAUUCACCGGUCUGGGCAACUGCUUGACCAAGAUCUUCAAGAGCGACGGCAUCGUCGGUUUGUACCGUGGCUUCGGAGUGUCCGUGCAGGGCAUCAUCAUCUACCGUGCCGCCUACUUUGGCUUCUACGAUACCGCUCGCGGCAUGCUGCCCGAUCCCAAGAACACACCCAUCUACAUCAGCUGGGCCAUCGCCCAGGUUGUGACAACCGUUGCUGGUAUUGUGUCCUAUCCCUUCGAUACUGUCCGUCGUCGCAUGAUGAUGCAGUCUGGCCGCAAGUCCACCGAGAUCAUCUACAAGAACACACUGCACUGCUGGGCAACCAUCGCCAAGCAGGAAGGUACCGGCGCCUUCUUCAAGGGUGCCUUCUCCAACAUUCUCAGAGGCACUGGCGGUGCUUUCGUGCUUGUGUUGUACGAUGAGAUCAAGAAGUUCUUGUAAAUUAAAUUAUUAAAUUAUUCAAAACAAGCAAAAAUACAACAACAACAAACAUACAACAACAACAAAACACUACCAGCUAAUUAUGUUAGAUAACUGAAUGCGCGAGAACAGCAAAAAAAAAAUACAAAAAUUGUAAAAGUUAAAGUAAAAACAACAACAAAAAAAUAACUAAAACAGAAAGUUUGAUCUGCUACCAUAACCAUCAGAGAAAGCCAUCAGCGGCAAGCAAUAACAACAACUAUUACAAACCGUUUCUCUCCUGAUAUAAUUAUGAUAUUAUAUAUAUUAUAUAGAAUAACUGGGGAAAUUGAUUGGCCAGUAUCAGUAUCAGUAUCAGAAUCAGAAUCAGCACCAGAAUCAAUAGAACAAGAACACUAGACCAGCUAGACCAGCUAGACAGCGGAGGGGAGAGAGGCUGGCGGCCCAGCAUACUAGACGACACCCUCUAUAUGACGAUAUUUGGAAGUAGUAUUGUUAAGUUUUGGGUUAGGCUAUUUACCAUCUAUAGAUAGAUAUCCUGUAACAUCAUCAUGUAACCUAUCCUGCUGCUGGGCUGCUGGGCGCCGCCGGGCCACGCCUCCAAACCCCCAGCCAAAAAAAAAAAGAACCGAUUAUGUUAUCGAGUGGAGGGCGCAGUGCAAGAAUCAACCCAAGAACCUGUAGAUUCUCAGCCUCCGACACAACAAACCACAAACUCAACUUCGGUUGGUUUAAAAAUAUAUAAAAAUUGAUAAAAAUAGUA